AUGAGCUUGUUAUCUUAUUUAAGAGUUUGUUUUGCUCGUUUAAAAGACGUGAGCUUGUCAUCUCAUUUAAGAGUUUGUUUUGCUUGUUUAAAAGACGUAAGCUUGUCAUCUCAUUUAAGAGUUUGUUUUGCUUGUUUAAAAGACAUGAGCUUGUCAUCUCAUUUAAAAGUUUGUUUUACUUAUUUAAAAGACAUGAGCUUGUCAUCUCAUUUAAGAGUUUGGUUUGCUUGUUUAAAAGACAUAAGUUUGUCAUCUCAUUUAAGAGUUUGUUUUACUCAUUUAAAAGAC